CAUCUCUCUCGCUUUCUGCGUUUUUUCAUGACAAAAACCCUAGUCCUCUAACACCGAACAAAAACAUACCUAAAACUAGUCAUCUGAGUUGCUCUCAUCUAUGCUCCGUUCUGGUAGCGAUUUGGAAACAAGAGAGGGUUCGGUCGUUAAAUGCUCUCUCUCUGCGACCCUUUUGCAGCAUUUCUCUAUUUCAUGUCGUCUUCAAUUUUACAGUAUCCUUCUUCAUGGUGGUCUCAAGCCCUAAAUCUCGAUUUAUUUUUCACUAUACCUUCUCCUCCUCCUGCUGUUUCUGCUAAUUGUAUCUCUCAUAGCUAUCAUAAGAAUUUGAUAUUUAAUUAUUCGGGUUUGCGAGCGAAGCAACAUGAGUAAUCCUAAGCAGGUUUUGUUAUUUGGGUCAUUCACUGAAGAUGAAACCAGGUCAUGGCAGCAAAAGCCGUCAUCUGGGAAUGAUGAAAAGCCACGGGAAAAGAAAGAACUGCAAUUUGGUUCCUUAGAUUUUGCUAGUGAAAUAUCUUCAAGUGAUUUGAAUUAUGAUUCAAAGAAGCAGCUGGUUCAUGCCAAUGGGGCUAUUGAUUUUGAACCCACAAAAGCACUUUUUGAAGAUGGUAAAGUGAGUACUGAAGAUUUAGAAAAUGAUCACUUACCUGGAUUAUUCGAAACUCUGAAACUAAACGGGAAUGUUGAUAGUUGCAUCCACACAUCUCUCAUUGAUGGCAUAGGUGACAGGUUUGAUUCAAAUUCUUUGUCCCCUUCCCAGAUUGAAAGCAGUGAACCUAAUCAUUCUCAAAGCUCGAAAUUUCACGUUCUUGAUGGUGAAAAGAUGGAGGACAGUGAUCACAAUGGUACAAUGGAUGGUUCAAGAGUACCUUUGGCCAAAGGUAUUCGGAAGGAGACUAAUGGGCUUGAUGCGGCUGUUAGAAGCUUACUACCUCAUGGCUUAAUAAACUCUGGCAAUCUAUGCUUUCUUAAUGCUACAUUGCAGGCUCUCUUAUCCUGUACUCCUUUUGUUGAGCUCUUACAGGAAAUUAGAGCUCAUAACAUCCCUAAGGUUGGUUACCCGACGAUAACAGCAUUUGCAGAUUUUAUCUCUGACUUUAAUGUCCCCAGUGGUUUAAGUUUAAAGAAGAAAGAUAUGGCCAUUCUUGAGACUGGCAGGCCAUUUAGCCCCUCUAUGUUUGAAGUUGUGCUGAAAAGUUUUACCCCGGAUGUGCCAAAUAGCAUGUCAGGCACGCCAAGGUUUGUUUUUUCCCCAAGGCAGGAAGAUGCCCAGGAGUUUCUGAGUUUUUUAAUGGAUCAGAUGCAUGAUGAAUUGCUUAAGCUUGAUGGACAGUCCACCGGCAUUUGGGGGUCCAAGUCAUCUGUUGUUUCUUUGGCUGAAGAUGAUGAGUGGGAGACCGUUGGCCCAAAGAACAAGUCUGCAGUAACAAGAACUCAAAGCUUCAUUCCAACUGAGCUGAGCGAUAUUUUUGGAGGACAAUUGAGAAGUGUGGUGACGGCAAGAGGAAACAAAGCUUCUGCUACUGUCCAACCCUAUCUCUUGCUUCACCUUGAUAUUUAUCCAGAAGGAGUUCGUACUAUUGAAGAUGCCCUUCAUUUAUUUUCUGCACCAGAAACCCUUGAAGGGUACCGAACAUCAGUGACGGAAAAGGCUGGUGUUGUUUCUGCCAGAAAAUCUGUUAAGAUUCAGAAGCUAUCAAAAGUUAUGAUCCUGCACCUGAAGCGUUUUAGUUAUGGAAGCCAAGGGAGCACCAAGUUGCAUAAGCCUGUUCGCUUUCCUCUUGAGUUGAUGUUGGGUCGGGAACUGCUUGUUUCUCCAUCUACUGAGGGCCGCAAAUAUGAACUUGUUGCCACAAUAACCCACCAUGGCGGAGAGCCCUCAAAGGGCCAUUACACUACUGAUGCCCGCUAUCCUAAUGGGCAGUGGCUACGAUUUGAUGAUGCAUCUGUUUCUGCUGUUGGAACCGGUAAGGUGUUGCAUGACCAGGCUUAUGUCCUCUUCUACAAGCAAGUGUAGAAGGUAUCAGAGUUCUGUCUCUAAUUAACACAUCCGGAAAAAUGCGAAGGUGUUUCCGGUUUAUGGUUAAGGUUUGACUUGACUAUCAUCCUUCAGUAAUGCCCUGUGACGACUCUUUGAGAUGAAUGUUUGAAGGAGCUUCUGUUUUGGGUUACUCUCUAUACCACUAGCUACAGCUUUUUCCUUUUUCUGUUAGAGAUCUAAGUUGCCACAUACUGUGGUUUUAUGGAAAUGGGAUGAGAUGAGGACAGAUGCUGUGUAACUUGAGAAUGCUUUAUAUUAACAUAUAUUUCUUUACGAAGUCAUUCAUAUGGUAUAGUUUUUAUUACUUCUGAUUCUGUGA